AUGGUAGGGAUCAGGGAGAUUGGUCGAACAGGGACACCUGUUGCCAAAGCUAUUUACAACAAAAUUUCUAAUCAAUUUGAAAGCAGCUUCUUUCUUGCAAAUGUUAGAGAAAUGUCGAAGCAAAACAGGGCUGUUGAACAACAAGAAACACUUCUGUCUCAGAUACAGGAGAGAAAAUUUAUAGCUGGGAAUCUCUAUUCAGGAAUGUUGGGAUUUGCCAUUAUUGGGCAACCUACCCUAAGGAAUUGCUUUGGUACAGACAGUAGAAUCAUUAUUACGAGAAGAUAUGAACAUUUGCUGUUUUCCCAUGGAGCGGAAACACUACACAAGGUGGAGGAACUAUGUCCCAUUGAUGCAUUUAGAAAAACCCAACCCUCUGAGGCUUUUGUGGAGCUUUGCCUUGAUGUUGUAAGAUUUUCAAACACUUCUCAGCAGAUUCAGAUUGAAAUUUCUUGCCACUCUGCUGCUUACUGCCUAAGAGAAACUGGAGGCCUUUCCGGAUAUUGUGGAAGAGAUGCCCUGUUUUGA